AAAAACACCCAAGAGUUCGUGGCGCUGGUGGCUCCAGCUGUUUGUUUCCCGGGCAGUCUCCGGGUUGGAUUUGAACCCUGGGGUCUACACGGGUUAAAAACGCGGAAAAAAGGCGACGAAGAAAUACAAACUGCCAGGGUGUCGAAAUGAAAGGAACGACUGUGAAAGGGGUAAGGAAAAAUCCAAGCCAUCUCUACCGGGAGGAUCCGGAAAGCACCGGCCGCGCAGGGGGUCAACCAACUCCGACACCGCUCGGGGUCAGCUGGGCGGCACCUGGCGCGGACUUCGGAGCGAGGGCAGGUGCGCGGGCCGGAAGCCUCGGGCGCUCACCUGGCACCUACCUGGAGCUCACCUGGCGCCCGGGCCCCGAGCCGCCGCCCCCCGCCCAGCCCGCCGCGCCCGCACCUCGCGGUCCUUGAGGCCCAGCAGGAGCACCUCCUCCAUCAGGGUCAGCCGCGUUUCCUUGGAGUCGCCCUUGUCGUCGUCGUCCUGCUCGUCGCGGCGGCUCUGCGCGUCGUCCUCGCUGCUGCCGGCGCCGCCGCCCGCCGCCCGCUCCUUGUCGGCGGCGUUGCGGGAGGCCUCGGUGCGCCGCUGCACCAGGCCGGAGCUGCGCUGGGUCAGCGAGGUCAUGGCUCCCGCCGAGGCGCCAAGCCGGGCCGAGAGGGUCGCGGGACCGACCGGGUCGCCCUCCUCCUCCCCGCGCGGCCUCCGACCCGGGUUUCCGUGUUAAAUCCGGACGCCGGGGCGACGUCCGUCGGCAGCGGGGCCGGGGGCAGUCAUGAGGAGACAGGUCAGGGCGAAGCGGGCUGGCCGGGCAUCGGCGGGGCAGGAGAGGAGUGCCUUCCUGCCUGCGGCCGCAGCCCCCAAAUCGCCCCGAGCUCCGAAGCGGAGGCGGCGGCGGCGCCUUUCCAAUAUGGCGGCCCCGGCUGACGUCACCGGAGGAUGUGGCAGAGUCGGCGCGGGAGAGCUGGGCCGGGAGGCGCCGGAAGCGGCGGCCGGGGAUCCGCUGGCACUGCCGCCUACACCCUUCCUGGCCCUCGGUGCUUGUCUUUUCCUUGGCGUUCCUGCGCCCCCUGACCCGCGGUCCUGCAGUCCUGCUCCCGUGACGUGCCCUCCCUCCUUCCGUUCCCCGUUUCCCCUUCACUACCCAGGGCUGGAGCCUGAACCUAGCGGGGCCCCCCACGAAUCGGAAGAGCCUGGGCCACGCGAAGGUGGACCCCACUCAGCCUCCAGCCGUGCCCUCCGCGCCCCAGACACCGCCGUAUUCGGAGGCGACUCCGCGGUCGUGUGGACGGGGUCCCAUUUGGACUCCGGGGUCCGCAGGAUCGGCAGGAAGGACUUUGCUCGCUGCUGCUGGGCGGGGAGGGGUACGCUCUCUGCUGGGACUCCCUAACCCUUUAGAAGGAGCAAGUGCGUCCAAAUGGUUUGAAAGUGGACCUUUAGUGUUUUCCAGGAGUAAGAAGAUAGAACAGUUGACCAGUUUUGUUUGUAAAACUUUCCUUGCCUCGGACUUGUGCUAUAAAGUGACCAGGGCGUAGUGAGUGCAGUUAGUACCGCACACGUUAGCACGCUCGACCUUAACGAUCUUUUUAUAGAGACAAUAAAACUGCAGCGUUUCAUGCCACGUCUUUGUACGCAUCGGAUCUCUCUCCGUGUAGUUACUAGGUGAAAUCCUCUUGGCGUGCGCAAAUUACGUUAAAAAAAUAGCUGUCAAACCUGAGACAGGAGUUGGAGGAGUAGAGGGUGGCGCUUGUAAGUGAAACAUUUAACAAGGAAUGGUGUUGUGUGCCAUCCUGUAUUAAAAUAAACAAUGUAUGGACAGAGUGGAACAACAGCAAAGCAAAAAAUAAAAAUUUAAAAAAAAGUGA